AUGGAGCCACUCUCUCCAAGGUCAACCAAUAUUCCACCAAAGCCAAAAGUCGAACUGACAAAAAAGCUGUCCUUUAAGAAUAAUCCAGCACAGAAACCGGCAUCGCAUAGACACCAUGCAACACCGCCUCCUCCCCAGGUUAAGGAGCCUGGCGCCUAUGGAGAAGAAUAUCAGACUGGUGGCUUCCUGGGCAAAGGUGGGUUCGCCGUCUGCUAUGAAGGAAAACUCGCAAGGAAUGGUCGGGUGUUUGCGAUGAAAGUGGUGAAGUCUGAGAUGCAGCAGAAGAAGAUGGAGGAAAAGUUUCGGACUGAGCUUCAAAUUCACUCAAAGAUGAAGCACCCGAAUAUUGUUACCUUCCAUCGUGCAUUCGCUUUCCAGAAGAACAUAUAUGUCGUACUCGAGCUGUGUCCCAACGGAUCGGUAAUGGACAUGGUCAAAAAGAGGAAGUUCCUGAGUCUUCCAGAGGUACGAAGAUUUAUGAUACAGCUUUGCGGCGCUGUCAAGUAUCUUCACAAGCGACACGUUGCCCAUCGGGAUUUGAAGAUGGGGAAUCUUUUCCUUGACCAAGGCAUGAAUAUCAAGGUUGGAGACUUUGGACUGGCGGCGUUGAUGCUAAGUGAAAAGGAUGAAAAGAGGAGGAAGACGCUUUGUGGGACACCCAACUACAUUGCGCCGGAGGUUUUGGACAAAAGCAAGGGAGGUCAUAACCAGAAAGUGGAUAUAUGGUCCCUAGGUGUCAUAUUUUUUGCUAUGCUCACAGGCUUCCCACCAUUCCAGUCGAAAACACAAGAGGAGAUUUAUAAGAAGGUGAAGUCACUUAGUUAUGACUGGCCUGUUGACACUGAGAGUGCGAACUAUAUCCCUGACGAGGCGAAAGACCUUGUCACUGCGUGUCUUAACCUAGCAGAGGAGAGGCGACCAGAUCCAGAUCAGAUAGUGGACCAUGCAUUCUUCAACAUGUAUCCCGGAUGUAUUCCUCGCGAACUCGACUCCGAAUCUCGCACAUCGAUUCCACAUUGGAUAAAACAGGAGGACCCCCGAGGAGACAAAACCGCCCCAGGGUACAGCUUGGAGUAUGAUCCAACUUACAGAAAGUUGGUAUCCCACGUCACAAAUUCCAACCAAAGAUACGCCAUAUGUAAGAAUAUAUUUUAUGCAGAAUGCGGUGUUGGAAAGAGAAGCUCAGGUGAAAUACGAAAAUCGGCCGGAAAACGCUGUGGGAAGUCUGCUUUUGCAGAGUGCCUUACGGAGGAAGAGCGUGGUCUUCAGCCUGUUAUGCCACUCCCGACAGACAGGGUCUACAGCUAUUACAUCGAUAACGGGAAGGACUGGAGUGUUGAAGAAACAGGACUGGAAAAUGAAUCAUAUGAGGACGAUGAGGAUGGUAACGGCACUGUUCGUGAUCGACAAGGAAAUUUGACGAAAUCUAAAGCCGCAAUGAUAGCUAGGACAGAAAUUGCACUGGCCGCCCAGCUUAAUCGGCGAGAGUCAGCGCCAAAGAACCAUGCUGCAAUGCUCCGUCAACAGGCAAUCGCCCCCCGACAAGCGGCAAAGGACACAUCUUCAGGCAAUCCACCACAGGCAGCUCCUCAGGCUGUUAAUAAUUCCGCUAAGGACAAGAAUCCAGCUAUCAAGAGCACUCGGAAUCUUCUCAGCGAACGUCCCAUCCGCACCAGAUCACAAACCGCCCAGGCUUAUCAUGAGUCGCUGCGUGAGAAGAAGCGCCCACCUAUUGCUUCCAUACCAAAAUCAAACUCCACCCCAGCUGUCCUAGGUAUUGGUUCAAUAAGGAAUGCUCCUAAUCCGGCACCCGUACCCACUCUGGCUCUUCGAGAUAUGGUGCAGGAGUAUGUGGUUGGAGAACCAGUCAAAUCAAGAGAAAUGGAACCUCACAGAGACGUUGAAUCCGGCCGUAUGGCAACUUCACAAGCGGAACAACACGCGACUUCGCGGCCUCAACAAAGUCAAGCAUCAACUACAGCAAGAGACACCGUGUCUCGCCCUCGCUCACACAAGCCAAACGGUAGCAUCAGUAGAUCUGCAACUUCGUCAUCUACUACAUCUGGCACUAGCAGCAAAUCUCGCUCUGCACUGGGCUCAGGUGCACUUAUUCUACCCGAAGAUCAGUCUGAUACCAUGCCUGGGUCAAGCGUCCAAGAAGUUAUGGCGGAUUUGCAAAUAUAUCAGUCUGUCCUCCGCCAGCGCCCUCCUCAAGGUUCACUCAGAGGCUCAAGGCAACGGGACGCUCAGCCUCAUACCUCUUCUAGAAGUGGUGCGCACCCGUACGUUGUAAAAUGGGUUGACUACACAAACCGAUAUGGAAUCGCCUAUGUUCUUGAUGAAGGAAGUGUUGGUUGUGUUUUCCGGGGUGAGAAUGGCUAUCCCGCGUCUGGAGUAGUAGUUAGGGAUGGCGAAAGCCAUCUUCGACAAAAAGCACGCGCCAAAGGAGACCCAGAGAGUGCCACGCCAUAUUCAGAGGUUGAUCAGCUAGUUCCAAGAGAUGGUCAACCGGUUGAAUUCUACGAGAAUGAAGAUAUCAAUACAGGCGGCUAUGCUGCUGGAACCGUCAGGAGAGCACUCCUUCCUGCACAAACAUUCGAGACCAGACGGUCGAGUCCUGAUAAGCCGGCAAACGUCCUUUGUACCAUACGAAGCGCUGAAAAAGCGAAUCGUGUCAGACUAGUUGAUCAAUUCGGCAAAUACAUGGUUGGAUCCCUAGGAAGGGGGCCCAUCGAGCCAACAAAAUCAAAAAGCAGUAGCCAAUAUAUCAAAUUCUACCAACGUCUUGGGAACGUUGGUGUUUGGGGCUUUGGAGAUGGUGCAUUUCAGUUCAACUUCCCUGACCACACAAAGCUUGUCUUGUAUCUACCCGAGCAGCGGCCAAGUAGCACAUCCGAUCUGGCCAAUUCAUGUCGAAUGGACUUCUAUCACCUAUCGCCAUCAGCAGCUAGAUAUCUUAGUGCAAAGGGGAAAAUGCACCCAAGUGGUUUUGACACCAGGACGGUUAUAUCGGAGCCUGCCUCUGCCUACUUGUCUUCUAUAUCUGGUCUCCCCACCAGGGUCCCUGGUAUCAGCUCCGAACGAUUCAGAGACAUUCUAGAAGCGAACUCUUUCCCUAAAAAGCUUGAAUUUAUCGCGACUGUUAUCGAGUGCUGGGCCAAAAAUGGAAGGCUAGGAGGAAAGGUUUCCGUAUCAGCACCCUCAGCAAACGGAUCUACUCUAUCCAAAUCAGCACAUCUGGGUUCCAUAUCAUCAGCAUCAGAUGUCAAUGAUCCCAUAAAAUGCACAUCAGCUGAUCUUUUCUGGGAUGGAGCUCAAGAGAAAUCAUGGGCUAGCGCUUCCGGAAGCAAGUUUGUUUGGGUUUCAGUUGGAGCACAAGGCGGAGAUGGUGACUACAUGUCUGUCAAGCUCCAGGCAAACAAAGCUGGGGUAGUUGAGUGUAUUAGCAUGGAAGGGAAUCCUCAACUUGGUGACCAGCUCCUAAGGUUGGCGUAA